CUUGUUUUAUGUUUUGCGUAGCUUACAUUACAAAAUUAUGACAUCUAUAGGCUAUAGCCGUUAUGCAAGUUUGUAGAUUCUUCACGCAAUACGAAAGAAGAGUAAUGGUGAUUUUAUGGUAAUCAACUGAUUUUUCUUUUUUGUGGCGAAGGAGGAGAUUCUAAAGGAGGAGAUCCGAAAGGAGGAGAUCCGAAAGGAGGAGACGGUAACGCAGGAGCAAUCAACAAGAUUGCUGGAUCAAUGGGUCUAUUUGGAUUGAUUACAUGUCUGUUCUUCCUUUUGUUUUAAUUUAAUUCAGUUAAUACAACUUGGGUUUGCCAAGCUGAAAAUUCGAAACUCAUACGUUUGUUUGAUUGCUUCUGUAACCAUGGUUUCCAAUAUGAUGUUCUUCGAGUCAGAAAAUUUAUAUUAUUUUAAAUAUUUUUGAAGAAGGCUACUAUAAAAAAAAAUUGUAAACCGUGACCUGUAGUGAUUUGUUCACAUCAUUGUAAUAAUACCAGUUUGACCUGUUAAAUCUCAUAAUAUAGUAUCGUCCAAUAAUUUCACUUUUAUACCAUGAUUCCUCUCUCUUUUCUUGUCAAUACAAAUCUUCCAGAUCCCAAACUGAUUAGCAUCACGCUUCUUCUAGAAGAAUGCCUGAGAUAUCACUAUGCACAUCAUCAUUUUUUAAAUGUGGAUACAUACUAACGAACUCACAUAUAUUAGUUGAUUUUGAUUGACUGAUUAAACAAAAAGAGAACUAUUAUGAUUUCAAUAGUUCUAGAACGGUGAUUGUUGCUUGAUUUGCAUCGAAUGUAUAAAAGUGAUUCUAUUUCUCGGCACGAAUUCUAGUCUCAUUUCCUUAUAUUAACCAAUAGAAGUUUAGUAAGAUAUAUACAUAGUAAAAUCCGUGGAUGUUAGAGCAUAUGCAAUGGUGAACCUCACCAUUGAAUCCUUAAGAAUAUAUUAGUAAUAGUUUUUUUUUUAGUUUUUGUUUGAAUAGUUAAGGAUUCGAAUCAAAAAUGAUCGUCCAAUGGUGUUCCCGAAGAUAGGUCCUUAUAGAAAAAAAAAUAUUAUUAAUUUUUUUUAAAAACUGAAAUUGAAAUUUGUUUUUUAAACUGAAAUUGUAGUUUGUAGUGCUUUGGUGAAGUUAAAUCAGUCGGUUAAACUUAAACCACGACUGGUUAUGUCAAUUGAGCGGUCAGAUUGAAGAGGAGGUAUCCGGUUUAGCUCAAGGUUUAUGAUAGUAGUUGUCGACUUAAUGAUUGUAGUUAGCUCUGAUAUAUAAAGGUGUACUUCUUUUGUGUUUCUUGUUCUUCUUCUUUGAGAGUUUGAUUGAGAGAGAAAACGAUUGUGUGUGAGAAGUGUGAUCACACAUUCGUGAAUUUGAGCGGGAAGAUCCUAAACAGAUUGAGAUUAACUUGAGUCUAAACUGAACUGAUCAUACAAGUACAUUGUAGCAAGGAAAACAAGAGGAUAGAAGCUCUAAACAAGUCCGAGAUACAUAGCUAAAGAGACACAAGCUAAAGAGACAGAAGACUACUUGACCAUUCUCCUAAUUCACCCGUGAGCUUGAAGCAAUGUCACCUGCAUAACAAAACCAAACAAGCAAGUUAAACCAGAAGCAAAGAAAGAACACGCAUGUUAAAGACGUCUCAAGCAAGGCAAUGGAGAAGACUCACCACGCUUUCUGCUCAAGUGUUUGCUCAGUAGUUCAGAACACUCUUUACUUUCCGGACAUACACACAACAAUGGAGUAGAUUUCCCAUCUCCAACCAGAUUGAACACAAAUAAGUCUCCUAUGUCGCAUCUGUUAUCACGACAGAACUUUUCCCAGCCUCUUGUGAUGUAUUACAUGCCGCCUGAUUCGCUAAAUCGCAAAUUCGCAGUCCAUGAAUUUUCCUCUUUGUUCACUAGUAUCAUCUCUUGGCAUUGUUUGUUCAAAGCAGUAGAACUCGUAGCUCGCUUAGGAAGAUACUGCAAACACAUAAUAUGGUUUAUACAUAUGAAAAUUGACUCACAAGUUUGUCUGCUUUUAGAUUUGAAGCAGUGACCUCAGCCAAAAAACAGUAGUCGAAGGAGAAAGAAGACAUUGCCCAUGUUCCUCCUGAAAUAAAAAAAAAACAAGUUUCCACGUCAAAACAUCUCACAACAGGUAGGACCAAAACGAUGAACUUUAUUGAGACUUACUAAUCUCAUUGUCAUCAACAUCACCCGCGUCGGCUUCUUCCUUGAUGAUGUGAGGAUGUGUAUACUGAAUCUCACAACAGCUAGGACCAAAAGGAGUGACAUGAAACACCAUGUCUCCUUCGUGUUUGAAGAUGACAAGGUCACCGAUUUGAAGGUCAUGUGCUGUGGUGAAAUCUUUCCAACCUCUGGUGAGUCUCCUGCCUUCUUGUAUCACUUCCCAAGUUUCAUCUGAAGCGUCUGAUCUUAGUUUCCAUGUUUUCUGGUUCGUCUUCCCUUCUAUGUGCUUUGAGAAGAAGGCAAGUGGUAUUGUCUGCAAGAAAAGGCAAAGUUAAUCAAACAAGAAAUACAUCUAAUCAAGAAACGCAUGUAAACAAAUAGAGAGAGUGAGGUUCUUACGACGCCACUGUGGAAACCAGGAAGCAGCGGCUUAAAGAAAUGAGGUUCAUGUGGAUUCGCCAUCUGCAAACAAGAAACGAAUUUAAACAAUAUCAACAAUGAGUUUCCAAGCAGACGAAAACCGCACAUUCGAAUCCAUAAACACUGAUGAAAGUGAUAUGCAUCAACUCCAAAUGCAAAAAUAAAGAACUAAACAGUCCGGGAGAACCCAAAAUCGAUGAAGCAAAUGAUCUUUUUCGAACCAAUUAUUAAUACAAACUCAAAAAGCCCCAACUCCUUUUGAAAUCCUAAUUUCAAACCAGAAGAACCAAUUUUUUACAAACGCAAAAAGCCCAAAAUUCGAAUUAAAACCCUAAUUACAAACGCAACAAACCCCCAAAUUGUGUUCGAACCCUAAGUUGAAACGAUAUCGAUUGAACAUGCAAACUAAUAUAUAUCGAUGAAUCUACCUUGUUCAGUCGACGGAGACAAAUCGCCGUCGUUCGCCGCGGGAAUAGCCGUCUGUCGUCGCGGGAUUCGCCUUCGCUUCGUCGAGAGAGCAAUCGCCUUUCUUCGUCGGGAGUUUUUUUUUUUUCUGCUUCGGUCGAGAAUGACCAGUGUUUUACGCAUAACCAAACCGAAAUCUCUUCCAUCCAUUCAAAACACGCCACGUACCCUAAGGAUCAAGUCCUAAAAAUCCUUAAUAACGUAUCAAUCCUUACUCCUAUUAACCAAACAACUAUUAUUAUAAUCCUCCUAACCUAUGAUUAAACGCUAAGGACCCUGCAUGUACCUCCGUUGCGGACGCUCUUACAGAUUCGUCGUGCAAUUUGAAACGAGAGUUAUGGUGAUUUUAUGGUAAUUGAUUGAAUCAUGUUCUGUGUGGCAAAGGAGACAAUAGAGGAGCACGGAACAAGAUUGAUGCAGCAGUAGCUCCAGUUGGUUUUGUUGCAAGCAUGUUGUUUUAAACUUUAGUUUGGGCCGACCAAGUUCUGUGUAAUUUUUUCUCUUCUUUAAUCUGACAACUCGAAACUAAUAAUUUAGGUUUGGUUAUCUUGAAUGAUUGCAUUGACUAUCAAAAUAAUUGAACUGACAUAAAAUGUCCACUGGAAAUAAGCGUAGAACUAGCUUUACAUAAUUUGACAGAUUUGUAGAAAUUAUUUUGUAGGUUAACCUUGGUUAAUGUGGUUCACAUGUCUUUCACAUUAACUUAUAGUCAGGUCAGCCGACGCUUUCUGAUACAGACCGUCUGAAUUUGUUUUUUUUUAAUUACUGCGGGAGUUUUUGAUACUCUUACGGUCUUACCCAACUUUUUUUAAGGUCUGAAACAUACCACCAUUGUCGACAUACAAGUCAAAGGAAUUGAAAUUGUAUUAGUAGUCGGCUGAAAUUGUAUUAGUAGUCGGCUUUCUGUACACAUCAUCAUUAGAGUGAACUGUCAAUGCAUCUCAAAUUAUAAUCCAUAUUAUUGUAAUGCUAACAUAAGCUUGUAAUUAGUUGUAUGAUCAUAAGAAUCUUGAUACAUAUAUAUAAUAAUAAAACAUAUCUUUGAAUUGUCAGCACCGUCCAGCUUAUAAAUGAGUUUCGACAUUCUGUCCUUACUACUUCUUCGCAAAAAUUUAUAUAUAUAUAUAUAUAUCUUAUAAAUUUAGUUCCAUACUGCGUACAUGAACACGUCAUAACAUAAAAUAUUUAUCCACAAAGCAAAUCAAAUGCGAGGAACAUGGACGGGUAGAGAGAAAACGAAUUUCGCAUGCUUUUGGUCAACUAUGUAAAAUAUAAAACAAUGAUUUAUAAGGAAAAACGAAAUAUAUUUCUUGUUUCAAUCAUCAAAAAUCAUUAGUGUCCAUGCCAAGACUCCUAUAUAAACACGUUCAUGCACUUUUUGGAAAUCACAUACGGAAAACAAAGUGAGAUAAUAACCCCCACAAAACAGUUUGUCUAAACAAUCAAAUGGCUUACGUUAACAAGGUUUCAGCGGUUGCAGCCAUUUUAUUUUUUGCGGUUGCGGUUGCUCCGCUGCUAGCUGAGCCACAGACACCAAUGUUUCCUAAGAUGGAUCCUGUAUGUGCCUCACUGAUUCCUAACCUUCUCGAAAAGUGUUUCUCAACCGUUAGAGAAACGCCAACGGAUGAUUGCUGCAGCGAUCUCAAAUCCGCGACCACAACCCAAGUCACUUGCCUUUGUGAUAAUUACAUUGCAAACCCGGCGGUUGUGAACUUCACGGGACCUUACUCCGCCGGAAUCACAACCAAAUGUGGCGUUUUUGACAAAUACUCUUGCAACGGUAGUAGUAAUGGAGGAGGAGAAGGAAGCAGCAGCAACAGUAGCAGUAGCAGCAAUGGCAAAGACAAUAGCAAAAGUGAGGGUAGUGGAGGAAGAGCGAACAAGGUUGCUGCAUCAAUAAUGGCUGUUUUUGGUUUAGUUGCAAGUCUAAUCUUCGUUAUGUUUUAAUUUCUGUUUUCAUUUGUUUUAUUUUGGACGGACGGACCAGUUUCCAUGUGAUUCUUUUCCUUCUCUAUUUCUUUUGUUCGAAACUGAGAAUUCAAAACAAUUACGUUUAUUUGAUUUCAUAUUCUCCCAUUUGUCUGUAUUUAUGGUCCUUCCUUCAUGAGAAAAUUAUUUUGAUCAAAAUGCAUACUACCUA